AUGCUCGUCAAAGUUUCUGAUUUCCGUCCUAUAGCCUGCUGUAAUACUUUAUAUAAGUGUAUUAGUAAGAUUAUAGUGAACAGAAUUAGAAAUAGUUUGGGUGAUAUUGUGAGUAAAAAUCAAUCAGCUUUCAUUCCUGGAAGAUCUAUUGUGGAUAAUAUUCUCCUUGCUCAGGAGCUGAUGGUGGGGUAUAAAAAUAAGAGGGGAGUUCCCAAAUGCACCAUAAAGAUUGAUAUUCAAAAGGCAUAUGAUACGGUGGAUUGGAAUUUUCUUAGUAGAAUUCUGCAGGGGUUUGGUUUUCAUACGAUAAUGAUUCAGUGGAUUAUGGCUUGUGUUUCUACUCCUUGGUUCAUGCUUAACUUUAAUGGUGAAGAUCAUGGGUAUUUUGAAGGAAAGAGGGGUCUUAGGCAGGGUGAUCCUCUAUCUCCUUACCUAUUUACUAUAGUUAUGGAGGUGUUUAAUAUCAUCCUUUUGAAGAAAAUUGAAGCUGGCCAGAAUUUUAAAUUUCAUAGUAAGUGUAUGUCCCUUAAAAUUACUCAUUUAUGCUUUGCUGAUGAUUUGUUAGUUUUUUCUUAUGGAAAUUGGAAUUCUGCUAGAGUUAUAAGGGAUGCUCUUGAUGAGUUCAAAAAAGUUUCAGGGUUGAAGGUGAGCAUGGAAAAAAGCCAGAUUUUUUUCAGUUGUGUUAAACCCAAUAUGAGAAGGAUUAUCUUGGGCAUUCUUCCUUUUGAUAUUGGGAGAUUUCCUUUUAAGUAUUUGGGAAUUCCUAUGUGUGUUACAAAAUUAUUUGACAGAGAUUGUAAACAGCUUAUUGAGAAGAUUAAGAUGAGAAUUUUCAAUUGGAAAAGCAAGGCUUUAUCGUUUGCUGGAAGGCUGCAGCUCAUUAAUUCUGUUUUGACAUCUAUUCAUGUGUAUUGGGCUUCGAUUUUUAAAAUUCCCAUUGCUACUAUUAAAGAGAUUGAAAAGCUUUGUAGAAGUUUCUUGUGGGCGAAUGGUGAGGUAGUCAAAGGGAAAGCUAAAGUCAAGUGGAAUGAUAUUUUGGGUGAAAUCCAAUUACAUUGGAAACAGGAAUUUUUGGGAUAUUUUGCAGAAGAAGAGUAUGAGCUGGACUUGGAAGAGGUUCCUUGA